CCUGUCAUAUUGGGAAGACCUUUCUUGGCCACUGCUGGUGCCAUCAUUGAUGUUAAAAAAGGUACGUUAAUAAUUGAAGUGGGGGAUGAAAGGGUUGAAUUCAAUAUUUUCCAAAUGGCGAGAAAUCCUGCAUGUGUGGAAGAUUGUUGGAGGGUUGAUAUAGUUGAUGAAUGUGUGAGAGACUUCAUGGGAUUCUUUCACAAUGAUCCUAUGGAAGUUUAUGAUGUGGAGGAAAUUGAAAAUAAUCAUGAGGGAGAAGAGUUAGUUGAGUGUGUAAAAAACAAAGAGAGUUGUAAAAAGAAUCAUGAGGGGAAGGAAGUGGAGAAACUGGUGAGAGAAGAAUUGAGGGAGGCUAACAACACAAAAGAACCACCCACAGUUGAGUUGAAGCCUUUACCAUCACACCUAAGAUAUGCUUAUCUUGGUGAAAACUCCACUUACCCAGUGAUAAUUAGCACUAAGUUGAACGAGGAGGAAGUAGACAAGUUGUUGACCCUGCUGAGAAAACACAAACGGAUCAUUGGAUACUCCAUUGAUGAUCUAAUUGGCAUCAGUGCUAACUAUUGUAUGCACAGAAUAUAUCUUGAGGAAGGUUGCAAACCAGUGGUUGAACAUCAAAGGAGGCUCAACCCUAACAUGAAGGAUGUUGUGAAGAAAGAAGUUAUCAAACUUCUUGAUGCCGGAAUCAUUUACCCUAUCUCGGACAGCAGAUGGGUAAGUCCAAUCCAUGUUGUACCAAAGAAAGGAGGUUUCACAGUUGUUCCAAAUGAGCACAAUGAGCUCAUUCCUACUCGUUUGGUCACGGGAUGGAGAAUGUGCAUCGAUUACAGGAAACUGAACAAAGUCACAAAUAAGGAUCAUUAUCCUUUACCUUUCAUUGAUCAGUUGCUUGAAAGGAUGGCAAACCAUAGCCAUUAUUGCUUUCUAGAUGGAUUCUCAGGAUAUUUUCAAAUCAUGAUCCAUCCAGAUGAUCAAGAAAAGACUACCUUCACGUGUGCCUAUGGUACAUUUGCUUUUCGAAGAAUGUCAUUUGGCCUAUGUAAUGCACCCGGAACUUUCCAACGAUGUAUGAUGGCCAUUUUCUCAGAUCUUAUUGAAGAAAUCAUGGAGGUAUUCAUGGAUGAUUUCUCUGUUUAUGGGACCUCAUUUGGCUCGUGCUUGGAUAAUCUUGAUAAAGCACUGACUCGUUGCCAAGAGGCAAAUCUUGUUCUAAACUGGGAGAAGUGCCAUUUCAUGGUAACAGAGGGAAUCGUUCUUGGUCAUAAGAUUUCAUCUAAAGGCAUUGAAGUGGAUCCAGCAAAGAUCGAGGUGAUCGAGAAGUUACCACCGCCAACAUCUGUUAAAGGCAUCCGAAGUUUUCUAGGGCACGCCGGAUUCUAUCGGCGAUUCAUCAAGGAUUUUGCUAAUAUUGCAAAACCACUUACGAGACUCCUGUCCAAAGAGGUUGAGUUUAUCUUUGA